AUGAAUAGCGCACUUCAGUGCAUUUCCAAUGUACCCCAGCUGAUGGAUUUCUUCCUUAAGGACAAAUAUAAAAAGGAGUUAAAUCGCGUCAGCAGUCUAGGUUCAAAGGGUGUUAUUGCGGAAUGUUUCGCCGACCUCAUAAAACGCCUGUGGUCAACGGGCUCUACAGAGAACGCCAUCAAUCCUCGUGAACUUAAGGUAAUUUUGCCUGGCGGAAGUUUCACUCUUUAA